UCGUGCAGCUCCCGCCAAGGCUUUCUGUCAACUACGAACUCUCGAUGGAAAAGGUUCCCGGUGGCGCCUGUCAACGACACUGUCGCCGAAAAUCGUCGCGGAUCGGAAACAGAAUUUUCGCUCGGUGACGCGUCGUCGCGCUCCGGGCAUCGACCGCGACUCGCACGUGAUCCGAGAAACCGAAAAAACCGCAUCCCUGCCCUAAUCGAAUUUACACGCGCGUGUGUAUAUACAUAUGUGUGUGUGCGUGCGUGUCGAAUUACCCUGAGAGAAGACCGACUCCAGAGUGACAGUGUGUCGCAACCCCCCUCGGAACGAUCUUCUGCGAGCAACGCAGGAUGCAAACGUAGGAUACGGUGCGUUGGAAAGGUGACGUUCGAAGUGCGAUCUCCUGGAUCGGAUCGAUGGACCGCGCUACGAUCGCGGUGUAGUGGAGCGUGCGGCUCUCGAUCGCGGAUGACAGCUAAGAAUCGCGGUGUCACGUGGUGGUGAAAGUGCGGCACGUGGUUUCCAGUGGAUCCUCGUCUCGAGUCCACUUUCUCUCUCGCUCAUUCUCUCUUUCUCUCUCCUGGCCACCCUCUCCCCCCGAAAAAAUAAUCUAUUUUAUAAUUAAGGCCGGAGCAGGAGCCGGAGAGAUCGGAUAAUUAAGGGGUGGCGCGCGAAAGAAGCGGAGAUGCGGCAAAUCGGCGGACUUAUUUGACGGGCGACGAGCGUCUUCGGGUGGCAACGGGACGGAGGCACUCGCGGAGAUAAUUAAUUCGGGUACUAAUUAGUACCGAGCUGCGAGCGCGCGAGACGAGCUGUGGCGUGGCGUGGCGAGGCGAGGCGAAGCGCGGAGGGCAGGACAAAUGCGCGCGAACGCUCGGCGGUUUGAUCGGCGGAUUUGCUGAUUAAACUCGUCGCCGGAUGACCCGGAAGGAUCCGGUUGAAAGAGCGGGCUAAUGAGAGCCAGACCUCGGAAAAUUUCUCGCGAGAACACGACACCGCCGGAGAAAAUUACGGGCGACAAACGGGGCUACGGGCCGCUCGGAUCAGAGACUUUCGCGUGAUCGAAUUUAGGAAGGAGAGGGGCCAAUCGACGGUCCUCCACCGGCACCGUUGUUGUAAUCGGCACAGAAGUGGCACCAGGGGUGGAACAGAAGUGGAACAGACGUCGCACAGAAGCGGCACAGAAGUGGGGAUUACUCGGAGACAAACAUAAAGUUCGCGUAAUUUUUCUGCGCGAAGAUCAACGCCAGUCUGUCGCGCGGCACUCCCAGCGGACGGACACCUUCGUGGACCAACUACAACAUAGAUCGAUACGGAUCGAUCCUCCUCCUUGAAGCGUGCAGUGGCCAGGAUCCAUUCGAUCCGGUGAACCGUGGAUUUCGUUGUUCGAAGAUCGCGUAACCGCGAGUGCGACGUUCGGCAUAGUGUCUGCAUCGUGCACCGGCGCGCUGUAAAUCGCGCUGGCAAUUACGACGGGAACGCGGGAAAGGGAGACAGGUAAAUCGCGGCGAAAGAAAAGCCCGGGCCCAUUAAAGCCGGGGGGCAGAGUGUCUGAAAGCAUUCGAGGGUUGUUAUUAACUAUCCUACAGCGACGGUUCCGGCGAGGGGCGCGACGAUAACGACCGCGGUCCGGCUAAAAAGCUUCGAUGAACUUAGCGGAACACCGUCGAAACUGACCGGGAUGAUCCCGGCGAUAUAUCCGUAGGAGGAUCGUAUCCGAUAGAGGAUCUCCGGGGAAGGGUCGCGUGGAAACUUCGUCGUUGAAUCCCGAGCUGGAAAAAUCAGAGCGGUCCUCCGGCCGCUCUAGAACCCCGCCCUACGGGGUCAAAGGGGAAUCACGGAUAUUCUAAUACCUGGGCGAUCAAGAGCAACCAGUGGAUUUCGUUAGCGGUCCCGUAGGUGCCUGGUGACGAUAAAGUCGCGGGGGUGGACAAGGGUGAAGUCGUCAAAUGUUGAGCGAACGAUGAGACACUCGAGGUCGCAAGCGGGGCGGAGUGGCUCUUCAAUCGGUGGAUCGUACUCCAGGUGCAGCAAGUGUCCGAGGAAAAUGUGGCUGCUGCCAGUUCUGCUGCUCUGCUCCCUGCUGAGGACAGGGUCGGCGAUCAAAAUUUUAAGGCUGGAGGUGCCGAGCAUAGCGGAUCCGAGGUGGGACAAGGUGACGUUAAGGUGCGAGUACGAUCUGGGCGGCAAGGAAUUGUAUUCGGUGAAGUGGUACAAAGACGGGAACGAGUUCUUCAGGUUCAUGCCGAAAUCGACGCCGCCAGGCCGUGACUUCCCAGUCGACGGUAUCUACGUCGAUGUAAAUACGAGCGACAGCAAGCAAGUGACGCUGCUGGGACAGGCGAACACGCGCAAAGGUAAGGUGAACCUCGUGGGAUCGUAUGGCUGUGAGGUGUCCUCCGAGAGGCCGAACUUCCUGACAAGCUACGAGCAAGCGAACAUGAGCGUCGCCAUACAGCCGAAGGAACGACCCAGUCUCCAAGGGCUUCGACCUUCCUACGAGGCCGGCGAGAUCCUUCACGCGGAGUGCACCUCGGCGCCCAGCUAUCCUGCCGCGGUGCUUGCUUUCAUCCUAAAUGGAAAAGAGGUGAGCAAAGCGUUAACGAAGGAGCUAGCUACCGUUGGUGGGUCCAGAGACGACAGCACCCUGUCGACGAGCCGUUCUCUGUCGUUGCGUCUGGAACGACACCAUUUCCCUGGCGGCAUCUUAAGUCUGACCUGUCACUCCACCUUACCGGGAAUCAAAGGUAUCAAAGCAUUGGAGAGGACAGAAACUGCGACGCUGGCUGCCAGCAAUCAACGGCUUGCUCAGGAACCGCCCAGAUCCGGCUCCGGUUUCAACAUUCCCAUCCUAUCGACCAUGGUUUGCUGUGUGUUCGUUAUCAAAUCCGUUUCCGCCGGUAAUAUUUCAUUUCUGCAUAUAUAAUCGGCGAACAAUCGCGAUCAUCGCGAUUCGUUGUACUCCGGCGCGGAAGCGUCGUUCACGAGGCACACCUGCCGGUUUUCGCGAUGCUCGGCACCUAGACGACAGUUCUGGGGAAAAUGUUAGACAUAUUUUUUGUAUUGAUUAUUAGACCGCGGAUGUGUACAUUUUCACGCGAUCGUUUAUCGGAAUUGAGAAAAUUGUUUUGAUUUAUUUUCAUGGUAGCUCCAUCCGAUGAUCAAAGACGAUACUCUUGAUUCUUUUGUCAUAUUUGCCAGACAACGAUUCGUUUGUAAAUAUCUAAGUAUAACGAUCUUUUUGUUUCUUAGGAUAGUGCAGCCAAUUACUGUGCCCUGUCGGCGGACUUCCGGAGUUUUUGCUAGUAGAAACAGCUUUAGCAGUUUAAUUGAUAUUUUUUAAGAACUUUAAGAGACAUUUCGAAGUUCCUUUUAUCGAUAUAAAUUUUCCCAUCGCGCAAAUAUGAAGUCUCGUUUGAAUUGGAGAAAGAAACGAGACAGUUCUGCAGUCAGUUACAGCGUGCUUAUGAUCUACGAAGAUUUCUCCCUGAUUGCUUUAAAUGACUCAAGUCACUUAAAAAUUCACGAAAAAUUUCAUAUUUACGUUUUCUUUCUUUAAAAAUAUGAUACAGAUGAUUUGAGGUUAUGUAGGUCUAUCUUGUGAUAAGCGGCGCAGUAAUUGAUGCGUCGAGCAUGAAAUAGGUGCUCCAUUUGUUGCUCGAAAUUUUGUUACAGUUGUUAGAAAAUCGAAGUUUAUUUUUAUGUUCUCGAGGUUAUACAUAUACAGUGAACGAAGUUUGCAUAGAGACAUUAUUAUUUUAUAAAUAAUAGGGACUUAGUGCUCGGUUGCUAACAUUAAAGGUAAAUUGAAAAUUUAGACGGACACCUAUAUUUUUGGUAUACAAGAUAAUAAUAAUUAAUAAACAUAUAUAAAGAAAAUAACGAAAUUCGUAUAAGUGCAGACGUCUGAAGUGUUACGAAAAAACAACAAUAGUCUGCAUAGUCUCCAUCAAGUUUAAAAAAAUUGUGAAUAACGUUAACAGAUCUAUUAAUUUCUUUAG